GAUCGGCCGCCCUAAGAGCAGGGCUGCCCCUGUUUCAAAGAUGUUCGGGUCUUUCUUUGGUGGUGGAGAAACAACGGCGCCUCCUACCGCGCCGCCAGACCUCGAGGCCGGACCCGAAACUACUCAAGCUGAUAAAACCGCCGCCUCCACCGGCGUCGAAGUCGAUCUCGAUACAGCAGGAGCAGCGGGCCAAGAUCUACCGCAAGGCGGAGGUACAACUUCUACCUUCGAGGCAGCCACUGUGGCGGAUCUCUUGGCCGGAAAGACAGUGACGCGGCUGGCUAAGGUAGUCUCGGAUGCGGACCCAGUUGCGGAGCAGCCCCAGGCACAGCUGUUGAACGAUGUUUUCAAUACCGCGAAAGGCAACAAGCAGACCGGGGCUGCACCUCCACCUGUCAGCGCCGCGGCUGCUCAACGUCUUGGGGUGUCAACAUCUGCCGCAACAAGUGGAACAAGCGCGGCAACCGCAAUACCGCACCAUGCCAAAGCGCCGCGGGAUAAGUCGGCUACGAUGCAGAAGCUGCUGCAAGCCCGCGUGCCGGCGUUCACUGAGAUGAAGCGGUCGCCCGACCUGCUGGACUACAGCAUGGUUUUGAUCGUCCCGAACCCGGAUCACCCCGAAGGUCCCGCGAACUAUCCCGUGGACUACGACGACGCAAAGGACAUCUACGAAAACAUCUUUCCCAUCCAAAAUCGGGCCCUGGAGGCGGCGUUUAUGCAAGCCUGGUCGGAGCUGAGUUCCUUCGAUUUGACGGCGCUGAGCACCUUCGAAAAGCUCAAGUACGGGUAUUUGAACUAUUCCCCCGAGGUAGUGGUAGCCGCGCCGGAAGAUGUUGGAGGCGAGGUGGACGCGGGAGGUGGCUUGUUCGCAGGAGG